GUGUGCCCGCACAUAAGAUGGCGGCGGCUCCCGGCACAGCGGGCUGUGUGGUGUAGGAUGCGGGACCGCCCAUGUGCGGGUGCUGGUGAUGGCACUGCCCGUAACUGACAUGGCGGCGGGAGCGCGGUCACGUGCUGCGGGCGGGAAGUUUGAAUGUUGUGUUCCUGACCCGGAAGUUGUCAGGAGUAUCCCGAUGUUCUCAGCCAGGGGGAUAUGGCAGAGAAGCGUGUGGGUGUCCAAGGUGGCGUUAUAAGGACCUAUGGCCGCCUGCGUCCUGUGAGGAGGGUGCAGUCUCAGAAAUGGUUCUCUCCUGGAGAGCGCAAACAUCUCUUCUCUAGUUCCUCCUCUUCCUCUCACCUCUCAUCUUCUCCACAUGAGGCGUCAUCUUCCGGCGACUCUAUCUACCUGCCUCCUAAACGGAAAGGAAGCGUGGCCUGUGAGCGGGAGAGUCUGAGGGCUCCUGCCGGGAGGCGCAGGCUGUCCAGGAAGAAGAAGAAGACGACGAAGAAGAAAUCUCUUCGCCCACAGAAGGAAACCCAGCGGAAAUCUGACUCUGCCUCCAGUUCUUGCUGGGAUGGAAAAGAAAAUGGUGCUGCUUCUGAGAGGAACUCCACGUCUUCAUUCACUUUCUCUACACCUUUUAGAAGGUUUGUGACCAUACGGCGUAAAGCGCCGGUCCCAGGCGUGACGAUGAAGCCCAAAAGGGAGGCGCUUCCACCUAUAUCAUCUGACUCUUUAUGUGACUUUAAAACCUAUGAAUCAACACUGAAAAAGAAGAGGAGAUUAUGUACAGAUGUCACUAAUAUUUUUAACUCCUCUAUGGACACUGUUCACAGUCCUAUACAGAAGACUCCUCUCCUCUCGAGUACGCCAUCAGUGCUGCUAACUGCAAUGCCAAGGUCCCAAAACACCUUUGUAAGACAGCUUGCCCUCUGUGAGCCUCUUGAGGAGAGUGUAGUGAGAUUCUGUGCCGAGACUGAUUUUCCUGGUGAGGUUAAUGAGAAAGACACGUCAAUAUGUGAAGACGCCACCAGCCGGAUGGCACAAUGGCAAAGUGUGGACAUCCUUUCUCAGAAGAGUAGUAUUACUCAGACUUCCACCAAUAAAAAUAACAAACAUACAUUAGGUUUUAGAACUUCUAAUGCACAGACCGUGGAUAAAGUGUCAGAGAAUCGAUCAGGAUCUGGGGUUAAGUGUGUAAAUAUCAAAAUGACAAAUGAAAUCACAACAACUCAUCGAUCAGGAUCUGGGGUUAAGUGUGUAGGGAUUAAAAUGACCAACGGAAUGACAUCUCCUUUACGUCUCUUGCCUCCAAUCAUGGCCUCCCCUUCUGAGUCCAAGUCUGUUAUCUGCGUUGAUGAUUUGAAGUCCGAUCGUCAGGAUGUUAAUGAUGGUCAUAGUGUGUUCAGCGCUGAACUCUUUUCUAGUGGGGAUGAGACCGCAGAGAAAAAUGAGAUCUCUCCGGUUUACCAGGUAAAUCUAAAUAUUAAGAGUCGGCAUCAGUAUAAUGGGACCUCAGACAUUGCUAAAACAGAUGUUCUGCAGGACAGUCCUUCUUCUCUGUACUUGAGGGCAACGUUGCCCGAUAAGUGGAAGGUUUUCAACCAGAAAAAUUUUCAGCCAUUUGUUAGCUUGAAUUCAAAAAUUGUCACUGAAUAUUUCCUUACAAAGAACAAAACAGCUAGUAAAAAUUUCAAUAAGAAUACUGAUGAUCUUCAAAGAGGAGCAAAUGACGAUUCAAGCAUUAAGCCAUGCCAUAUUGCUAGUGUGGACAGCGUCGUUCUGCCCAGGCCAGAUAUGCGUCUUGAUAAGAUGCAACCUGUUGUAUGUCUCAAACCCACUUCCAUUUUAAAUUCUGUUUCCAAGAAUAAACGUGUGUCUGGGGAUGUCCAUGGUAUGGAUCCUCCAUCCAGUAUACAUGGCUGUGCAAGAAUUUUUUCUCCAGCUUUCCAGACAAAAACUGGGACGCCACAUAUACCGGCCUCUGUGGUGAAGAACAAAUUGCAGAACUCUUGUGCUCCCCAAGAGAGUGCCGGCACUGGAAGGAAAGUUUGCAUCAGUGGAUUUAGUGCCCAGAGGUGGGGAACCCGUCGGAAAAAAACAGCCAAGACACGUCAAGAGCUCUCAUUCCAAGAUGGCAGAGACAUAUCUCUGAGAUUUAAGGAGGAUCGAUCUAUAUGUGGUGGGCUCUCCUCUUCUUUAUUAUUCUCCACCUCUUUACUGACCUCAUCAUUCAUGAACUCUACGCCUGUCAAGAAUCUGAAUCUGUCCACAGAUUCGCUGACGCUUCGAGAUACUCAGAAGGAACAUCAGCGCUGGGCAAGACUGCGUGCUGCUUUGUCCCUGCACCGCAAGAAGAAAGUGGAAGCCGGGCUGCCAUCCAAUUAUCCAGGUGACAGAAGCGAUGGAAAGAUCUCCGUCACCUCCCGCAACUCCUCCCUGCUCUUGUUGUCACCCUUCCAGACGUCGCUCUUGUCGGAGGAGCUGACAGACGCAGAGAAGGUAUUAGCAGAGUGUCAUCAGGACGAUCCCGUCACGUUCCACCAGUGCCUGGGCCAGGAUCAGCUGCGCCAGUGUCAGAAGGUGGGAGAAGGCGUAUACGGGGAGGUCUUCAGGACCCUGCGGGGAGAGCAUCAUGUGGCUUUGAAGGUUAUCCCCAUAGAGGGGUCACAGAAGAUUAAUGGAGAACAUCAGAAAAGUUUUGCCGAAAUUCUACCAGAAAUCAUAAUCUCAAAGGAGCUCAGCUUGCUGGGAGGAGAGUCAGAAAACAGGACCAGCGGCUUCAUCACCCUGCACUCGGCUCACUGUGUGCAGGGCUCGUACCCCACCGCGCUGCUCUCCGCCUGGGACAUUUACGCUGACGAGAAGGGGACGGAGAAUGAGCGACCGGAUAUGUUUGGGUCAGAGCAGCUCUUCAUGAUUCUGGAGUUUGAGUUUGGGGGUGAAGACUUAGAAUGUAUGAGUUCCAAGCUCCCGUCCGUGUCAGUCUCCCGUAGUAUAUUACAUCAGGUGACUGCUGCCUUGGCUGUGGCUGAGCAGGAGCUGAGGUUUGAGCACCGGGAUCUUCAUUGGGGGAAUCUCCUGCUAGAGAAAUCUGCAUCCCGCACUCUGUCCGGCUGUUUACACGGUGAGGAGUUCCACAUUCCCAGUGCUGGAGUACAGGUGAAAAUCAUUGACUACACGCUGUCUCGCCUGGAUAAAGAUGGGCUGACUGUCUUCUGUGACCUGUCCACAGACGAGGAGCUGUUCCUGGGACAAGGAGAUCUACAGUUUGAUGUCUACCGAAGCAUUCGACAGGAGAACGAGAACAACUGGUCCUCGUACAGGCCGCACUCCAACGUCCUCUGGCUGCACUAUCUGUGCGACAAGCUGCUCAGUGAAGUUCAGUAUGUGAAGAAGCCGACAUCAGUGCUGCAUCGGCGGGAGCUCCGCAAGCUGCGCGACUUCAAGAGAGACGUACAGCAGUUCAGCUCCGCCACAGAAGUUCUGCAGCAGUGCAAGCUCUUCAAGUGACGUUAUUGGCGGAGACCGCACUUCACGUUACAUAGCCGUUUCCGCGGGGCCGAUGGGGCUCUGUUCAUUAUUGCCCCCCACAUUCCUUGUGUGAUAAGUCCCUGCCCAGGAGGUUCCUUACAGAAGAUUUUAUACACUGACUUUUGCUCUACAGAACUGUAUAUAUUACCCCUGCAAGGAGGAUGAGAGUGCUCAGAUCUGUUCACUAGGAGACUGCAAAUGAACAACGUUCCAUGGCAUCCUCUCAUUGAUCCAAUGUGGAUAAGUCGCAGACUUUAUGCGUCAUCCCUGUGGUCCCUCACUCGUAUUAUGCAGCUUUCUAGCUUGUUCCUCUUGAAGCUUUAUUUUAAAUGUGAAGAUAUUUCCCAUAAUUAAAAGUUUCUUCUUUUUAUUUGACAUAAAUGAUAGAAUAUGUAAAUGCCAGAUUUCCCAUUUUAUGGACAUGUGUCUCUUUAUUAUAGGUUAUAAUAAUCUCUGACAUUAAACCGCCACUUCAGGUUUCCUGGAUAUAAAACACUGCUUGUCUGCAUUAUGUAGCUCUUACUGUAAAGAAUCCUGCACCCAAUUUACCUCUGAGAUGGGAGAGAAGCAGGCAGAUAGAGACAGCCCCCAGGCCCCCCUAUUGAUAUAUUUUAUUAUUAAUGUGAAUAUUUUUCUAUUAUUCCCUUUUAUAAUUGUAAAUGUAAAGUACAAAAAGAAAUGUCUAAUAUUUAGUCUACAGUGAUAUUUGCUACCCCGUGUAUUCUGUCAGCCCCCCAUCUACUCUCCAUGGAACAGUAUUAUAGAUUGAUGCUAGCAGGUCAUACAGUGUCUUGUAGUUCCCCAUUCCCUGAAGAGCAAAGUCUAUAAUAUAAAAUGUAUUUGUCUCAGACCAGUUAAA